AUGAGGUCGUCCUGUGUCCUGCUCACCGCCCUGGUGGCGCUGGCCGCCUAUUACAUCUACAUCCCCCUGCCCAGCUCCGUGUCCGAUCCCUGGAAGCUGAUGCUGCUGGACGCGACUUUCCGGAGCGCACAGCAAGUGAGCAACCUGAUCCACUACCUGGGCCUGAGCCAUCAUCUGCUUGCACUGAAUUUUAUCAUCGUUUCUUUUGGCAAGAAAAGCGCCUGGUCGUCUCCUCAGGUGAAGGUGACCGAUACUGACUUUGACGGUGUGGAGGUCAGAGUGUUUGAGGGCUCCCCAAAGCCAGAAGAGCCUUUGAAACGCAGCGUUGUUUACAUCCAUGGAGGAGGCUGGGCUUUAGCCAGUGCAAAAAUCAGGUAUUAUGAUGAACUGUGCGCAGCAAUGGCUGAAGAAUUGAAUGCUGUCAUUGUGUCCAUUGAAUACAGGCUAGUUCCAAAGGUUUAUUUUCCUGCACAAAUUCAUGAUGUUGUACGUGCCACGAAGUAUUUUCUGCAGCCAGAAGUCUUACACAAGUAUUCGGUUGACCCGGGCAGAAUUGGCAUUUCUGGUGACAGUGCUGGUGGGAAUUUGGCCGCUGCUCUGGGCCAACAGUUUACUCAAGAUGCCAACCUCAAAAACAAGCUCAAAGUGCAAGCUUUAAUUUAUCCAGUUCUUCAAGCUUUAGAUUUCAACACGCCCUCUUACCAGCAAAAUGUGAACACCCCAAUCCUGCCCCGCUACGUCAUGGUGAAGUACUGGGUGGACUACUUCAAAGGCAACUAUGACUUUGUCCAGGCGAUGAUUGUGAACAACCACACUUCGAUGGACGUGGAAGAGGCAGUUGCCCUCAGGGCCCGUCUAAACUGGACGUCCCUCUUGCCUGCAUCUAUCACAAAGGACUACAAGCCUGUGGUGCAGACCACCGGCAACGCCAGGAUUCUGAGGGAGAUCCCUCAGCUGUUGGAUGCUCGCUCGGCCCCGCUCAUUGCAGACCAGGAAGUCCUACGGCACCUCCCGAAGACCUACAUUCUGACGUGUGAGCAUGACGUCCUAAGAGACGAUGGGAUCAUGUAUGCAAAGCGUCUGGAGAGCGCAGGUGUGGAGGUGACCCUGGAUCACUUUGAGGAUGGCUUCCAUGGAUGCAUGAUUUUCACCAGCUGGCCCACCAACUUCUCAGUGGGAAUCCGGACUAGGAAUAGUUACAUCAAGUGGCUGGAUCAAAACCUGUAAAAGAGGAAAAUUUCCAGAAUCUUGACCUCCUGCACCUGCUUUGGAAAGAGAUGCACUUUUUAGUUGAUUACUUUCCCCUUGUUACUUGUGAGUUAUGGAAUCUCCAUUCCCUGAAGACUUUAUGUUAAUUUAAUUUUUGAAAAAUGUGUUUGACUAACGUAAGUACAAAAUGUCUAAAUCUGGUUCUCCAAGUGGACCAGUCUUUCUGUUCUUGUUUGUUUUUUGUGUUUUGUUUUGUUUUGUUUUGUUUUUAGCCAAACUACCACCGAUACUCACGGCUACAGAAAGCAGGACUAGGAGCUGAAAUAGCUUUGCGUUCUGUCUUCGUCAAGGAAUUCUUUCCAGAAGAAAUUCUUCCAGCUGUGGGUGGCAUAUGUGGGCUCUUCUUUAGCUUGUAGAGUUUACUUUACAUUCAGAGCAGUGUUACUUGUGUGCACAUUAAGGUCAGUGCUAGAUACCAAGCGCCCUCUGUGCUUUAUGGAUAGAUGGUUUUGUUUCCUAUGGGAAUUUCAACAAAGGUGUUCUAGCAAGGACAAAUUUCUCAAAUAACUUUCUUCCUUUAGAGUGUUAAUUUUAUGGGAUAGCUCUCUGUAAGUCCAGUUGGAUUAUGACGAUACUUGAAGGUUACUUUCUACCACUAUUAUUAGAAAAUAUACGAUUGCAUGUAGUGGAUAUCUGUACAUGUAAAGUUUUUUGGUUAUGCUGUCUCCAUAGGGGAGAUCUUUUGGGAGCAAAUUCAUUUAGAUUUAGGAUAAAUUUGUCAUUACAGAAACAAGUGAAAACAGACAAAUGAACUAACUUAUUUAUUUUCAUUAUGAAUACUUCUGACAUAAAUUACCAAGAGCAGUGUGUAUAUUUUUGGCAUAGUCAGAAAAGAAGAUACAUUUAAUAUGAAAUUAUGAAAAAAUACCUUUAGAGGGUCUAGUUUAUUCUUGAAAACUCAACUUUUUCACUUACAUGGCUUUAAAAUGGGGCUAUUUUGGUAUAUAUAUAUAUAAUACCAUAUAUAUAUGGUAUUAUAUAUAUAUAUUUGGUGUAUAUAUAUAUAUAACCAUAUAUAUAUAUGAAAUGUAUUGUUUAUUUUUUUAAGUUAUUUAAUGUUAAUAUAUACAGUUCGACUUAAGAUUUUUCAGAAUAACAUCUAUGAUGAAUACUAAAAAUAACGAUAUUUUUUAAGAAACUACCUUAGAAUUAUAUCCACAUGUAAUUUUAUGGAAAGAGGUAAAGUAGCUAUUAAUACUACUGUACAUUAGGCUUAAAUAUUUUGAUGUCUAUAUGCAUAUACAAAUUAAUUAGAAAAUGUGACUACACUUAGUAAAUUCAUCUAAGUUGACAGUUGGAGAAUUUAGGUAAGACACACACUGCUCAAUUCUGCCCUCUGUGGUGAGAGGAACGCUAGCUCAUAUUCUCCAGGGUGAUGCAUACCUGGUUCCUUCACCUCUUUUCUGUCUCCUUCCAGCCUGGUCUAGGAGUUACAAUAGCCCAAGCUUGACUUUGUGUAAAGCCUUCACUGCCAGUGGGAACAUCUUCGGCAUAGCAAGGGACUCCAGUUGUGGUUUGAGUGCCUCUGCCCUCCUUCCUGCCACUUUUACCACUGCCCCCACCCUGCUCUUUGCAGGGACUGCCAAGGCCAGGUCAUGAUACAGCCAGUUCAUCAGUGGAGAGGAAGAGGAACCUUUUCACUCAUUUGAAAGAUGGGCAUUUCCUACUUCUGGCAAAGAAAUAAGUGAAAGUGUACACCCUUCUUUUUCUUUUUUUUUUAUUAAAAAUGUUUUAAAUGUUUACUUAUUUUUGAGUGAGAGCACAAGCAGGGGAGGGGCAAAGUGACAGGGACACACAGAAUCUGAAGCAGGCUCCAGGCUUUGAGCUGUCAGCACAGAGCCCGAUGCAGGGCUCGAACUUGCUAACCGGGAGAUCGUGACCUGAGCUGAAGUCGGAUGCUUAACUGAUGAGCCACCCAGGCACCCCUUAUUUUUCAUUUAUUGUACAAGCCAGUAGCAUUGUUAUGUACAAAACAGAUGUAAAUGCAACAGUGUGUGUAUGUGUGUGUGCCUGUAUGUGUAUGAAAAUAAUCAUGCAAAUUAACAUGCUAAUGGAUAGACACAAGUUAUUUACUGUCUCUGAGCCUCUUUUCCCUUUCCUCUAAAGUCAGAGAUUUGAAUUACUUAAUCUGCAAGGUGUCUUCCAACAGUCAAUUCCAACCAUUUGGUUGGACUGGCAAAUUGUAUUGGCUUCUUCUACGGUGUUUUGGGUUGUUUUGUUUUUUGGGGGGGUUUUUUGGUAGGUCAUUUUUCCAUAUAUACACAGACACAAACAUCAUUAAAGAUUUUUUUUCCUAAAAAAAAAAAAAAAACAACAGGAUUUUAGUUCUUCCUCUUUGACAGCUACUCUCAUUUAAUACUAUUGUUUUCUUACAUCAUUUGAAGGGACCAAUGUUUGGACCUUAGUUUGAGGUUAUCUACCUCUAAGAAAGCAAAGAAAAUAUAAUACAUGUGCAGAGUUUCUUAAAAUGGCAUAUUUUCACCCAGAAUUAUGAGCCAAAUGCUGCCAUAAUUACAGACAACAAAUGAUUCUAGACCUUUAAAGGGUUCUCUUGGAUGAAAAGGAGUAAAAGAAAAAGGGUCAACCACUGUUUCUAAUGAAACACGUGAGUUUCAUUAAAGCUUUUAUGUGUGAAUGAUUUGCCUAAUGACUUGCACUGGAUCCCACCCCAGACCUUGCUUGAAGUUCUUUCUUGAAAUUCUCCCUGGAAUAACAGCUGGGAAUCAGGAUACACAAAAACCAGUACAUACAAGAGAGGCUAAACCAACCAAAAAUCUGAGCGUUAAGAACUCCUUUGGGAAGACUACAGAGUUUUUGGUGAAGAUAUUUUAGUUUGGGGUGAGUUCGCUUUCUUUUAAUUUUUGUUCUUAAAUAAAAAAGCUUAUGUUCUGCAGAUUGAUUUUUUUUAUAGUGUGAUGGCUUUGUUUUGUUUUUCUAUUUUAUGAAAAAGUUGAUAGUCUUUUUGUAAUGUUUGUGAAAUAUGAACAUAAAUAUAUGAAGAAAAAAAAUCUUGAAGUGCUACAAAUAUAGUGAAGUGUAAAUCGGUCUUAAUGUUUUAUCAUUGAUUUGUGAAGAAUUUGAGACUAUUGUAUCAUUCUCUUGGUGGCUAUGAUAUUUUAUGCAUGACCUUUUAACUUUUGACUUUUUGCUUAUUUCCCACUGCCAAGGGCAAGGCAGAUUUUAUGAAGGAUUUUGGUAGCAAAUCUAUUUUAUAAGACGAAAAUCCAGUGUGGAGAUAGGAAAGCCUGUAUCUGUUUUGACUCAAGUUUGGAAAUAAAAUGGCUCCCUCUGGGAA